CCAACACAAAAAUGAGGGCGCUAUGCUGGUUUAACGGUGGUAAUUAUUUUGUUUUGAAGUAGAUUUGUUUCUGUGUCACAUCACAACAAAUCUACUUUCAGGCUGAGGGGAGCAUGGCCAGAGCUGAUCAUGUUCUACAUGGGCUGUAGGUGACACUUUAUGGACGUCCAAAUUAUACAGAUGGAGCUAGCUUCGGAUGUUGACUCACUGCACACCUGCACAUUGUACCCUAGCUAUUCUCAGGGGGCGUAAUUUCAUUGGCACUGUGUCUACUAAUAAUGCACACAUCCUCAGGCCAGGCUUGACUUGACCUGAAUUUGACCUUAACACCAUGGCUAGAUCCCUGGUAUCAUUUGUUCAGAUAAAGAACCUAUUCAGUUGUUACUGGGCACCAUGUCAAGGAUCUAUUCCUUCAGGCCAUGCAUUAAGCUCAUGGCCAUGGAGUAUUUGCAAACAGUCAUUGAAUAGAAAAGGCACGUGUAGUUCACAUUAUAUCUUGAAUCUUGGUACCUGGGUGCAGUGCAGUCGCCAAUUCACAGUUACGAGAUUUCAUCAUCGGAAGGAGAGUUCAUUUAAGAAUCCUUCACCAGCAAUGGAAACAGAGAUGAUAAAACGGACUGCAUUGAUAGAGAAUGGAGGCGGAGAAGCGUCUUGCGACGGUCCGGUACCCUCAGAUUUCUUAUUGCAAUAUCAUCCUGCUGAUUGGAUGAAACAACUUCAACUUAUUCCAAAGUACAGAGUAAAGCUCAUCCAUGGAGUCACCCCUAUUCAGAGAUGGUACCUUCCCAACGUUCCAGCCAAUUUUGAAAUCCACAUUAAACGAGAUGACCUGACAGGAUGUGAACUUUCUGGUAACAAGGCUCGUAAGCUUGAGUUCCUCCUUGCCGACGCCAUAAAUCAAGGCUGUACCUCCGUCAUCACAUGUGGAUCAUCACAAUCAAAUCAUUGUCGAGCUACUGCCAUAGCAACAAGACAGCUUGGUCUGGAACCCUACCUUCUACUUAGAUCUCCCGUCUCAGAUCCAAAUGAAGUUGUUUGUACAGCUAAUAUGUUCCUGAACCGUCUAAUUGGAACACAUGUUUAUCUGCUACCUAAGAAGUCUCAAUAUUCAACAGAUAUAAAACCACGUAUGGAUCAACUGGUACAGAAAAUAAAAGAGGAGACGGGUGAGAGUGCCUACCCAAUACCAAUAGGUGGCUCUACAGCAAUAGGUUUAUACGGCUAUCUGGAGGGAUUCAGGGAACUACUGGAUCAGGGUAUUGCAGACCAGUUUACAGACAUCGCCAUUGCAUGUGGAAGCAGUGGUUCUACUGCUGGUCUGGCUCUUGCCAACUAUCUCACUGGCUCCAGACUGAAAGUCCAUGGCUUCAUCGUCUCGGAUGACUCAGAGUUCCACUCUAAACAGAUCAACGAUGUCUUGAGGGAAAUCGAUGUGAAGGAUAGCAAUGGUAAAGUCCUGCAGUCUGAAGAUAUUGUCCACUUAAUAGAUGGAGUCAAAGGAAGAGGCUACGGACUGUCAACUCAAGAGGAACUGGAUCUUGUUGGUGAGGUUUGUAGAAGGACUGGUGUUAUCAUUGAACCUGUGUACACUGGUAAGAGCGUCCAUCAUCUACUCAGGCUAACAAAGGAACAACCACAACUAUUCAAAGGCAACAAGAUACUCUUCAUACAUACAGGAGGACUUUUCGGACUCUUUGAUGGACGUAUGGAUGAGACAGUAAAACAGAUGGGCAGAGAUAGGAAUCAUAUUCAUGAAUGGAUGGAACUCAGCGAUCAAGCCCCGGACUUGAAACUCUUACUCUGAACUCUAGUGAAUGCGCCCUCUGUUGGUCAACAAUGAACAGUUAUUGAACAUUUUUAGAUUGCCACAAAAUAGAGCAGAGUAGUGGGUCGUGCUUGGUUUCUGAUCCGUCUUGAUUUGAAUGGCGGACUACUUUUCUAAACACUCUAAAAACAAAAUCUUCCAUUAGGUACAAAGAAUUAUUGUCACUGAUUCAAAGAGGUCAAAAAAAGAUCUACAUAGGCUUGAAUGAAGUUGGAGAUCUGCACCUACUAAAUGAAUCCUUGAUGAAGUUGAUCUGGACCUACUUACUGACUGAAUGUCGCCCUCUUCUGGUCAAAGUGGGACAGCAAGAAUGGCCAUAACUUCUACCUCCAUGCUGCUUAUAGAGUAAAUUUUCAAGACCCAAAUCUCAUCUCUACUUUACUGUCUUAAGAAUUAAUUUGGCCAGUCCCAACAAUCGCGCUAGUUUGAGACAUACUCCCAUUUUUUUAUUUGCUGAAAAGGUCAAGACUUUUUCAGUUUUUCGUUGUGAGAGCGUUCUACCAACUGAGUUGUCUAGUCCUAAAGAUGGCGGUCUCCGUAUUUUGUCAAUAAACAAUUUUUGCUUUUUUUUGGGGGGGGGGGCAGUAGAAGCCAUACUUUGCUUAUAUUUUUGGGUGGAUACUUGUUCUCUUAGCACAAAGCUGCUCAUAAUUGUUUUUUAGAAGAUGUUAGGCUGUUUAUUUUAAGUAGUGUUCCGGAUUGAAUAAAUCUUCUCUGAGUCUUACUUUGUUUUGGCAGAGGGCCGUGGUUAAAUCUUCCCAAAUGUUAUAAUAUAUUCGCAACACACCAAAUGCUCUUUGUAAACAUUUAAAUAAUUUGUAUUUGCAAUUUCCAACAAAAUUGAUUAAAUUACAACUUUAAAUGCAUGGCAUUACGGAUACUGUAAUUUAUUCUUUACAGGGAAAUUCAAGGUUUCCAACAUCCUGUCUCUUGAGAAGAUUAUUUUUGCAAUUUUAUCUGUCUGUCAUUGAACAAUAAUUGUAUAGAUUUUUAUGAUUUCUACCAGUAUAAAAUUAUUUUCAAUGUAUGUUUGUCUGUUCUAUUUGCAAUAUAAAAAAAACCCAGGAAUUUCGGAACUGGAAUAAAUUUGAUGUUUGUGC